UUGAAGAGAUGCAAUUUAUAUAACCUAAUCUGUCAAAAAUUCAUGUUCCAUUCAAUAAUAUAAUAAUACACAUCAUUAUAUCAUAACAUCAUAGAAAAUGUGCUGAUUAUAAUAAAGAUGGCGUCCGAGGAUUCCAAACCUCAAACAAUACCAGCUUCUUCGGAAGAGACUAGCCAACCUGUUACCAAUACUUUGCAGCAGGAAAGUAAAGAUCCAAGCUCAACUAAGCCACAGACUCAAGCAAAUCGACAAAACAAUCUCCAAAGGAUACAGCAACGCAAGCAGCAAAUGUACAAUUGGCCACAAAUCAAGAAAUUAUUGAAGCUUGCAAAUUAUAGCGCUUGUCAAGUAGAAGAAUGUAAAUGUAAUGGUUGGAAAAAUACACAACCAAUUAUAAAGUCACCAAAAGGCGAAACACAACAGCCUGUUAUAAACUUUUUUGAUCCAUGCAAGAUGUGUACUCAUAUUUUAGAAAAUCAUAUUAAACACUUACCAGUGCAAUCUGAUGAAGAAAUCAAUAGACUAUUGGGAAUGGCUAUUGAUGCAGAUAAUAUUUUCAUGAGCAUACAUAGAGAAGGAGAUCCUGAUACUAAAAAAGUAUAUUUUUAUUUAUAUAAAAUAUUAAGGAGAUGUAUUUUAUCUAUGACAAAACCGGCUGUGGAAGAUGCAUUGGGACAACCGCCGUUCGAAAGACCAAGCAUAGCAAAGGCAGUGAUGAAUUUUGUUUUAUAUAAAUUUAGUCAUUUGCCUCCAAGAGAAUGGCAAGUAAUGUGUGAUAUGGCGAAAAUGUUUCUGCACUGUCUGAAUUAUUGGAAUUUCGAAGCACCUAGUGCCAGACGAAAUGCUGAAGAUGGCAAUGUUUAUAAAAUUAAUUAUACUCGUUGGCUUGUCUUUUGCCAUGUGCCUGCAUUUUGCGACUCGUUGCCGCAUCACGAUACUCCAUUAGUUUUCGGGAAAACUCUGCUACAAGCUGUAUUUAGAUCAGUUUGUAGACAAUUAAUGGAUAAGUGUCGCACUGAAAUAGAAAAAAUAGCGGCAGAGAAAAGAGUUUUACUUUUAACACAUUUUCCCAAGUUUCUUUCAUUAUUGGAAAAAGAAAUUUAUUCCGAUAAUUCACCUAUUUGGGACCCCGAAUUUAAACAGUCGCCACCUUCUCAUCUUCAGUCUGCCUUAGAAUCAAAAGGACAUCAAGCAAAAAAAAUGGGAGAAUUUGAAAAAGUAACUGUAACUCCGAAUCAAAAAGACAAUUUUACAACAAUAAAUAUCAGUCCUGGAGUGAAGAAAAUUCAGGAAAAACGUCCUAACACCGAAGUGCGUCUUGACACAAAGAGGCGAAAAACCGAAGAGACUUUCGAGGAUUUGCCAGAUGAAACUAUUGCUGAAAUUGUUGCGUCUAUUAAUAAUACUAAUUAUAUAUCCGGUUCUGAUACGGUAUUUCCACCGGACGUUCCGCGAGACGAAACUGCUAAAAAUGAAGAAAGUAAAAAGAUAAUAGAAUUUCAUGUAAUUGGAAAUAGCCUUACACGACCAGUAUCUAAGCAAACUAUGCUCUGGCUGAUAGGAUUACAAGAUGUAUUUAGUCAUCAAUUACCUGAAACGUUCAAAGAAUAUAUUACUCAGCUUGUUUUUGAUCCAAAGCACAAAACACUAGCCUUGAUAAAGGAUGGUCGACCAAUUGGCGGUAUUUGUUUCUGUAUGUUCCCAAGUCAAGGUUUCACCGAAAUAGUGUUUUGUGCUGUCACGAGUCAUGAACAAGUAAAAGGAUAUGGGACGCAUUUGAUGAAUAUGUUGAAAGAUUAUCAUAUCAAGAACAACAUAUUGCAUUUUCUUACAUUUGCAGACGAUUUCGCUAUUGGAUAUUUUAAGAAACAGGGAUUUAGCAAAGAUAUAAAACUACCGAAAUCGGUACACCAGGGAUACAUUAAAUAUUACGUGAAAGCAACAUUAAUGCAUUGUGAACUAAACCCGAAGAUAGUGUAUACUGAAUUUACGGCAGUUAUUAGAAAGCAGAAAGAAAUUUUAAAGAAAUUAAUUCAGCAGAGACAACAAGAAAUACAGAAAGCGCAUCCGGGUUUGACAUGUUUUAAAGAGGGCGUAAGAGCAAUUCCCAUCGAGUCCAUCCCGGGAAUUUAUGAAACUGGAUGGAAAAGUUCCGCUCAAACACGAACGAGAGGUGUGACGAAAGGAUCGCAAGGUCCGGAAUCGAUAGAUACAAACUUGGAUAUGUCAGAUUCUCUAUAUAACACAUUAGAUAGUGUGUUGAACAGUGUAAAGAAGCACAGUACAGCGUGGCCUUUUUUGAAACCCGUAGAUAAAAACGAUGUUCCAGAUUAUUACGAUCAUAUAAUAUAUCCCAUGGAUCUCAAAACCAUGCAAGAUCGUUUGAAAGCGGGAUACUAUGUAAUUAAAAAAUUAUUUAUAGCGGACAUGUUACGGAUCUUCACUAAUUGCAGAUUGUACAAUAGUCCCGACACUGAAUAUUACCGAUGUGCCAAUGCCUUAGAGAAGUACUUUCAAACGCGUAUGAAAGAAGUUGGUCUCUGGGAUAAGUAAAACUUUUAAUAUUGUUGUGAUAUAUAUAUAUAUAUAUAUAUAUAUAUAACGAUAAUAUGUUGAUAGUUGAAACUUCUUAACUUAUUCUUACUACAAAGUUUACUUGCUUUAUAAAAAAGUUCACAUAAAAUUCACACUUCUUCUUGUGUGGUAUAUUUGUAUUAAAAUAAAAUUAAAUAGAGAUAUAUUCUUUUGUGUGUGAGUCAGUGCGCGUCAAACUGAAAAAAAAAAAAAAA